UGGGAGGGCGCUGCGUCUUACUGUGUCACCCAGUCUGGAGAGCGGCUCCCGUUCAGGAAUACCGCGCGUCUCCGGUUAACGUCUUCACCGGCGGCGCUUUCUCCCGGUUUUCGUCGUAGACGAACGCAGAGGCGAAUCCUUCACCUGACACGUAGAUUGCCCCCCCCUGGUCUUCUGAAGCCUCCUCCUCCUUUGCCUCCCAGGGUCUCACACCUCAUGCUUUUGCCAUGUAAACAGUUCCCUGAUCUGCCACUCUCCGCCUUUGGGGCCGUUUUAAUUAGGAGGAUCCAAAGCAGAAGCGGUUCUCAGCUCUGUCCGGCAGCCAGCAGCACCGGGACGGAGCGGAUUCCAGACUAAGGAAGAGCAGGGCCCUCUUUGUGGCUCUAUGAGCCAAUUGCAGCGCAUGGCCAGCAGUUACGGCAACGCGUGUGGCGGUCAGGGCGGCGUGGAGCUCGACCCUGACCUGGGACUGGCCUCUGAAGGCAGCGACAGCAGCCACGAAAAUGCAGCCCUGCUGGGCUCCCCCCACGACGACAGGAAGCGGCAGCGGCCGGCGUUGCACGAGGAUGUAGAGAUGGGCGGCAGCGGCUCGAGCGGCAGCGGGACCGAAUCCCACGGAAACGAGUCGCACGGUAACGAGUCCCACUGCAACGAGUCCGUGGUGAGCUCCAACGGCAACGGAAAGGAUUCGGCUCUUCUGGAGUCUUCAGGGAGCAACAAGAGCUCCAACUCCCACAGUCCCUCCCCUCCGAGCAGUUCCAACGCCUUCAGCCUGGUCAGCUCCGAGCAGGACAACCCUUCCACCAGCGGCUGCAGCAGCGAGCAGUCGGCCAAAGCCAAGACGCAGAAGGAGCUGUUCAAGACCCUCAAGGAGCUGAAGAUGCAUCUGCCCUCGGAGAAAAGGAACAAGGGCAAGUCCAGCACCGUCAACACGCUCAAGUACGCGCUGCGGUGCAUCAAACAGGUCAAAGCCAACGAGGAAUACUACCAGAUGCUGAUGAUCAAUGACAGUCAGCCUCCGGGGUUCGAUGUGUCAUCCUACACCAUCGAGGAGAUCAACACCAUCACGUCAGAGUACACCCUCAAAAACACGGACAUAUUUGCCGUCGCCGUGUCCCUCAUCACUGGGAAGAUCGUCUACAUCUCCGACCAGGCUGCUUCCAUCCUGAACUGCAAGAGGGAGGUGUUCAAGAACGCCAAGUUCGUGGAGUUCCUGACGCCGCAGGACGUCAGCGUGUUCUACAGCUUCACCACGCCCUACCGCCUCCCGUCAUGGAGCAUGUGCACCGGAGCAGAGUCGUCCCCCACGGAGUGCAUGCAGGAGAAAUCCUUCUUUUGUCGCAUCAGCGGUGGGAAGGAGCGCGAGGGGGACCUGCAGUACUACCCUUUCCGCAUGACGCCGUACCUGAUGAAGGUGCAGGACGCCGAGCUGUCUGAGGAGCAGUUCUGCUGCCUGCUGCUGGCUGAGAGGGUGCACUCCGGCUACGAAGCCCCCAGAAUACCCCCGGACAAAAGGAUCUUCACCACCACACACACCCCCAACUGUGUGUUCCAGGAUGUGGAUGAGAGGGCCGUGCCUCUGUUGGGCUACCUCCCCCAGGACCUGAUUGGGACACCGGUGCUUCUCAACCUGCACCCGAGCGACCGCCCCCUGAUGCUGGCCGUACAUCGCAAGAUUCUGCAGUACGCUGGUCAGGCGUUCGACCACUCUUCCAUCCGCUUCUGUGCGAGAAACGGCGAAUACAUCACCAUCGACACCAGCUGGUCCAGCUUUGUCAACCCCUGGAGCCGCAAGGUCUCCUUUGUUAUCGGCAGGCACAAAGUGCGCAUGGGACCCGUCAACGAAGAUGUUUUUGCAGCUCCGGCUUUCCACGAAGGGAAGAUGAUGGAUUCCGACAUCCAAGAAAUAAGCGAGCAGAUCCACAGACUGUUACUUCAGCCGGUUCACAACAUGGGCUCCAGCGGCUACGGAAGCCUCGGCAGCAACGGUUCUCAUGAGCAGCAGGUGAGCAUCAGCUCGUCCAGCGAAAGCAACGGCAACCUCCCAGCGGCAAACGCAGCAGAGGAGACGUGCAAGACCAAGCCCUCCAGGACGUUCCAAGAGAUCUGCAAAGGAGUCCACAUGCUGAAGAACCAGGACGCGCAGGUCGGCCUGCACUCCUCCUCAUGCUCAGCGUGGCCGUCCAGACACGACCAGAGAAAAGCAGCAGACACUCAGAAACACUGUGCGGUUCGCACGAGGGACUCGUCCCCCCCCGUCCACGUCAGAGACGGCCCUGCAGCCAGCAUGGAGGACUUUGCCUGCAAAGACCAGAGCGUCUGCUCGUACCAGCAGAUCAGCUGCCUGGACAGCGUCAUCAGGUAUCUGGAGAGUUGCAACAUCCCUAUUACAGUGAAACGGAAGUACCAGUUCUCCUCCAACACCACCUCCUCCAACUCUGACGAUGACAAGAAGGGCUCAGAGGACGGCAUGCAGGGCGCCCACCCAGAUCCUCUGCUAGACACGCAGUCAGGCCUGUCCAACCUGAAGGCACCUAAGAAACCUCCAUCCGGGGCAGCUCCUGUGGUGGGGGGCACGCUGGCUCCCCUGACGCUGCCUAGCAAGGCUGAAAGCGUGGUGUCCAUCACGUCACAGUGCAGCUACAGCAGCACCAUCGUGCACGUGGGCGACAAAAAGCCUCAGCCGGAGUCAGAGAUCAUCGAGGACGUUGCAGAGAGCCCCGCGCCUCCCGCUGCCCCCGUCAGCGUGGUGUCCCCCCCCAGCCAAGAGAAGGAGGCCUACAAAAGGCUGGGCUUGACGAAGCAGGUGCUGGCCGCACACACCCAGAAGGAGGAGCAGGCCUUCCUGAACCGCUGCCGAGAGCUGCGCAGCGCCAGGAGCCUCCAGAGGGAAGGCUCCUCCCACCUGCACCGACAGAGGAGUCCGGCCAACGCUGCAGAAACAUCUGGAUUUCGAGGCGCUGCCAAACAAAGCAUCACCAAGCCUGAAACUGCAACCACCACCAAGAAAGGCAACUACCGCAACCGCAAGUCCAAGAAGCCCCGAAUGAAGCAUCCCGACUCAUCCGACAGCGCCGUGUCCAACCGCAGACCUCGUCCCCCUCUCCAGGGUCUCAACCAGACCUCAUGGUCCCCGUCUGAGGCCUCUCAGUCCGCCUUCAGCGUCUCCUACCCCACCAUGGUUCCCGCAUACCCGCUCUACCCCCCAACACCCGCCGCCCCAACUCAGGCCCCCCGCCCUGACCCGUCUCUUCCCGCCGGCUUUGGGGAAGUGCCAAACACCCAGGUUCCGGCUCCAGCAGCCCCCUUCCCGACCCCCAUUGUGACGCCCGUCGUUGCUCUGGUGCUGCCAAACUACCUCUUCCCUCAAAUAGGACAGUUGGGUCAGAUGGGAUCUGCCCCGAGACCCGCUUUCUUCACAGAGCAGACCCAGCCCGCAUACUCUGCCCCGCAGCCCUUUCCCGCCUCGCAGCCAGCCUACGCCCUGCAAACACAGCCCCCCUUCAGCAGCCAGGAGCCCUAUCCUGUGCAAACGGCCUUCUCCCCCCCCCCCUUCACCGCCCAGCAGCCCUUCCAGGGCCCUCAGGCUGCCUACACUACCCAGCAGCCCUUUGCGCCCCAGCCAUCUUUCGCCGUGCAAACUCAGUUUGUGGCUCAGGCCCCGUUCCCGCCUCAACCCUUCCCCUACGCCAUGGCUCCAGAACUCCCCAAAGCUCCUGCUGUGGAGCCCAGAGAAGGCGCCGCGUCCCGCUCCUCCACCCCGGCCUCCGGAGCACGAGAGCCCACCACGUCACCGCCGCUCUUUGAGUCCCGCUGCAGUUCUCCCCUGCAGCUCAACCUGCUGAUCAUGGAGGAGGGCCAGCGCUCAGUGGAACGGCAGGACAACACGGCGCCCCCUGCUGGAGGCCAGGCCGGCACUGCAGCCGGCGCCUCAUAUAUGGGAAAGAACGGAGGCGCCGCCAAGGCCGACGAUCCCCAACAGGUGGAGUCUCCAUGCGAUGGUGCGCACAGUGACGAUAAAUCCUCGUCCUGUGACCUCCUGGACCUCCUGCUGCAGAAACAGGAGGACUCUCACUCUGGCACCGGAUCGGCCACCUCUGGCUCCAUGGGCUCUGGAUCCGGCUCCGGCUGCCAAACCUCUGCCAGCGAAGCAUCUGCCAGCCAAACAGGGAGCAGCAACACCAGCAAGUACUUUGGCAGCGUCGACUCCCUGGAGCAUGAUCCCAACGGGAAAGCCAAAAUGAGGGGAGAAGGAGCCUCCGGAUGCACCAAGUCACAGGUCAAAGCCGCAGCCCAUGAAGAGGGGGAGCAUUUCAUCAAAUGUGUCCUGCAAGAGCCGCUCUGGCUGCUGAUGGCCAACGCAGAUGAGAAGGUCAUGAUGACGUACCAGAUGCCGUCCAGAGACAUCCAGAGGGUUCUGCGAGAAGAUAAGGAGCAGCUGAGGCAGAUGCAGAAAAGCCAGCCUCACUUCACCUCAGACCAGCGGCGGGAGCUGGUGGAGGAGCAUCCCUGGAUGAGGAGGGGGGGUCUGCCUGCAGCCAUCAAUGUGAAGGAGUGUGUGUACUGUGAAGAUGUAGCCGCUGCUCCUCUAGAAGAGGACCUGCCAGACAUGGACAUGGGCGAGCUGACUGAGGAUCUGAGCAGAGAGGGUCGCAGCUCCCACAGCCAAUCAGCAGAGACUCCACCCCAGCCGGACUCUGGCUCCUGAACCAGCAGGCGGACCCACUCACCCGGGCGGAGCUUGUUGGGAUUCCUGCCGGCAGACACUCGUGUGUCAUCCCCACAGAAAGACAAUGGAAGCCGGUGUUGAUAGAUGUACGCACACGUGUGUUGGUGUGUGUGUGAGGCUGGUGGAGCGUCUGCCGCCACUCGUGGGGUUCUCCGGGACGAUCCAGUUGUGUUUACGAGGGGUCCCGUAGGAAAACCCCCCAUGUGGCGUUUUAAACACCUUUUACCGCCACUUUUUAACUUCUGCUCCAAGAGAGCCGUUAUUCCAGAACAGGCCCAGCUCAACAGUCAUGUGCCCCUUGAAUUAGUUUUUUAAGAGUUUUAUUUUUACAAAAAAAAAAAAAAAAAAAGGUUGUGAUAAAAAUGUUCCUAUCAGGCUGUCUGGGAUCAUUGUUUUUUCUUUUUAUUUGUAUGUAUUUGAUUCCCUGCAGCCUUCAAAGCUGCUGCUUUCCCCCUACAUGUAUGACAGAGAGCCCAAAGGCAGGUGCUUACACGCGUGUGUCAUGAAUGCAUUUGCAUGUCACUGUUAUCUGUGGGGUUUUGAGGCUCACAGCAGUGUCUGCAUUUAAAGUCCUUUAAACUGGACGAUGACCUCAGUGGCGACAAUCUCAUAAUCUUUCCUUAAAGUAUAUUAUUUAUUGUUUUUUGCUAAUGUUUGCAGAGUACACUUCAACUUCAAGCCAAAAGAGCAGAGCUAUAGGAUAAUAUAUGAACACUUUAUGAACUCGGACAGAAAGCAUUGUACUUCUUAAAGGGGGGCAAAGCCCCGCCCCUUCAUUUCUGCAUAUGACGUGUAGUCAAGCCUCCACUUAAAACGGCACAGGUGCUAUUAAAAAAGUGGGAAUCACAAAAGGUUACGGAGCUUUUCUAGUGUUUUUCUAAAGACUGUCAGGAUCUUUAAAAUGAUGCCCAUAAAGAUUGUGUUGGCUGAGAUUGGAGGCUCAGAGCCGUAGAACCGUGGGAACAGACGUGCACCUUUGCUCAGUGACAACUUUCAUGAUACAAGUUCCAUUUAUUGCAGAUUUUAACGAAUAGUCUUUAUAUCCUUGUUCUGACAGACUGAGGCAGCACUACAUCCCCCAUCAUGCAGAGCUGCAGGGUUUCCAUUGCACCUUGUGGUUGCUCUCUUCAAAAGUUGCUGCUUUGCAGCCCUAUUGUUAUUCAAUGAGUCAGCAGCUUUGAAGCGGUUUCUGGCUGUUUGUGUGUUUGUUGUGGCUCAGCGGCGUGCAGGAGUCUGCAGCAAACCAGAGGAAACUCCCAACCAUAGGUGUAGCAAAACGGGGAUCUGUGACGGCAGGUUUAGCCCAGAAGAGGGUCAACGGGGUUCAUGAAAGCCCCCCUUUCACCAAGUAUUAACCCCACUGUGACCCACUCCAGGACCUAGAACAAUGCAGAAAAACCAGAGCUUGUGAAUGUUACACAAGCUGGACCAAGAGCAUCUCCCUGCCUUCAUGUUUCAUUUCCAGUCUCGUCAGAACGUUUUUGUAAUUAUUCUAUUUUUCUAUGUGUCUCCUCGUGUGUGUUUUAAUGUAAUUUUUUGGGGGGGGGCGAAGCCCACCUCUGCUGUUUCCAGGCCUGGUUACUGCAGGCCGGGUGUGAGGGUGGAGCAGAACAGAAACUGAAAUGCACCCUGGGAGUCGUGAUGUAGACUGUCACAUUCCCCUCUGCCUGCUCCCCAACUCUACGCCCAAAUGCACAGGAAGUCCAGGCAUCCAUGAGCGCCUUUAGCAACCGAACUCUAUCUCUGUCUUUUGCCCGUUGUGGGCGGGACGUCUGGAAGGGGCCUCCGUUUUGAACCUGCGUAUAAACUUAGGAAGGCCAGUAUGUCGGUGAAAUGUUUGAAGAACAACGCGCUUUGGUGCGUCCAAGCAUAAGAGAAAAACACUUUUGAAUGACUUGCACACUAGUCGCCUUUUAGAGACUCCCUGAUCUGUACAAGAGCAGUCAGCACUGACACACCAUGCUGUUGAUAGUCAUGUACAUUUGUCUCAUUGCCACUGUAUGUUAUAUAUACCAGCACAUUUUGUGCUGUUUUGUAGCUGAGAUGUGUGGUUUGUAACUUUGAAGCAAAGCUGUAAUAAAACUACAGCGAAAUAACCGA